CCGGGGGCGGGGCGCGCAGCGCGUGUUCCGGCGCGCGGCUUCCUGGUUGGCGCUUCCCGGUGCGGCCGGCAGAUUUUGGGGGUGGAAGACAUUUUCCUGUGAUCUCUUGAAGAUACAGUCUAUUUUAUUCCCAGAAUGUUUGAUGGAUAUGAAGACACAGAGGAUAUUGAAGUGUAUGAAGAUGAACUUUAUCAUGAGGAAUCGUCCAGUGAGCAGAGUGUCACUAGUGAAGUAGAAUUUCAUCUUUACAGCCAGAUCCACUAUUCCCAAAAUCUUGGAGAAAUCAGCAAACUGGAAAUAAGUGAAGAAGCUGAUGUUGCAGGAAUCAGGGGUCAGAGUUCAUUUUUAACUGAGGAAUUGCAUGAAGACAGGAACAUUGUUGAAUUGACUGAUCGUGAUGGCAUUCAGAUUUCUGAUGACCAUGAGAUCAUCAUCUUAUCUGAUACACCAGAUGAAGACAGUGUUUACAAAAGCAAAGCAAAGAAGUCAACAAGCUCUGUAGUUCCAGAGAAGAAAUAUGUCAGUCCAGGAGUUUCCACACCAAAUCAUGCCAAAGCUUCUGAGUUUAAUAUCCUGGAUCCUGCUGAAUCCGUCACAAAAGUUUCAAGUCAAAGGAAAAGGGUUAGUAGGAAGUUUAACUCAGUUACUUCUACUGGAACUCAUGCAAUACAAGAUGUGAUGAUAAUAGAUGAUAGCUCAAAUGCUGAGGAGGAGAGCUUGAUCUCUGAAAGUGAUAAUGUGGAAAGUUGGAUGCUUUUGGGAUGCAGUGCAGAUGACAAAGAUGAAGAUAUCAUUUUGAACCUUGAAGGGUGUGGAACUUCUGUCAGUGAAGUGCCUGUGGAUAGAAGAUGGGAGUUAGAAAGAGAAGUUGAUGUGGACUGGUCCAUCAGUAAUAAAGACUUGGAGGCACAGAUCUGUAACUAUUCAACGGUGAAGCGUACAAGUGUCCGAUAUUACACAGCUGAUAAAAAUGUUACUUGUAGAAAUUGCAGCAGACCGGGUCAUUUGUCCAAAAACUGUCCUAUUCCAAGGAAGAUUCCCCCUUGUUGUUUGUGUGCAGAAAGAGGUCAUCUACAAAACACUUGCCCAGCACGAUUUUGUUUGAACUGCUGUUUGCCUGGACACUAUUCUAAGGAGUGUCUUGAGAGAGCCUAUUGGAAUAAACACUGUAACCGCUGUGAUAUGAAAGGGCAUUAUGCUGAUGCUUGCCCAGAAAUAUGGAGGCAGUAUCACCUAACAACAAAACCAGGGCCAAUAAAGACGGCUAGUUCUCACUCCGAGCACUCUGCUUUAGUGUACUGCUACAACUGUUCACGGGAAGGACAUUUUGGAUACGAGUGCUCAGAGAGGCGGAUGCAUGGCAGUAUUUUCCCUACUUCUCCAUUCAUCUACUACUAUGAUGAUGAAUAUGACAUCAAGAGGAGAGCUAACAGACUAAAAAGAAAGGUUGCAGAACUACAAGAGGCUGGCCUUUUGCCGAUACAGUUAGAGAGCCCAUUGAAGAAAGAAAAACACACGGAACACAGCCAUAAAAAAAGGAAAAAGCCUUGGAAAGAGUAUGGUAAACAUCAUAAAGAUGACAAGUAUCUCAAAAAGACUAAGAAGAAAUCCCAGGCAGACAAACUCAAAGCAAAAAAGCACAGACAUGAUGCUGAAAGGGGCCAUGGAAUGGAGGAGGACUUUCCUAGAGAGUGUAAAAAGCAUGCAUUGAAGGGUGGCAAAAAAUGGCAGAGGUCAGUUCUCCAGGCACAUGGCAGCAAGACAGAAUAUGCACAGGAGAUUCUGGAAGCAGCUAAAAGAAAGAAGAAAAGGAAAAAGCAGAAAGACAGUAGUCCCAAUAUUGAUGAGAAUUUAUUCCUUAUAAAACAGAGAAAAAGGAAAUCUAAACAGAAAUCUAACUGCUAAUGGGGAAGUAGGCAGCAAGCCAUGUCAUUUACUAGCACCACCUAUUGUAUAUUUUUAUCCCUCUUUUAACACAUACACUUUUGAAUCCAUUCCUGAAUCCAGACUGGUGUGUCUAACUACCAGUCAUUAAAUGAACGUCUGUUUUUAUUUCCAAAGGAGUAAUCAUAAACAUGACAUUGUUCACUUGAUGGGAAGUAUUUAAUGUCCAUCAGUAGAGUGACUACAUUUUUUUGGCAGUUCUGGGUUAGUCCGUAAGUAUUUUAUUUUCUUGUAAUGAGAGAGGGGUCUUUGUUGGAUUUGGUAGGAUUUUAUUCCUUAACUUGUGAAAUGUUCCUUUACCUUUCGGAGUGGGAACUGCUGUUUGGUAAAUGUGAUUCCUUUUCAGCUGAGAUUACAGGAGGGCUUUCACAUUAGGAGGAGUCAAGGUAGGGAGAAAAGAAUGUAGAUCUAAAAUGUACUCCUAAAAAGGAAUGUAGUUGCUCAGCUCUCUCUGAGUGCCAGGAAGCACUUUUUCAUUUCUUUCUCUCUUGGAGGGUGUUGUGAACUUGUUAUCUUGCACUUUGGGGCGUGAUAGUCUUUUAGCUUGCAGUCUGAUACAGUGGUAUCAGUCCAUCAUGGUUAUUGCUACACUUUUCAGUCUCAGCUGCAAAUGAGCUCUGCAAAGGAGCCCAGUCCUUGUCUUUUUUGACUAGUAAACACAGCAGGAGAAAUCAGUUAAGAAAACGGAAAGACACUCAAGUUUACACCUUGAAUUAAAUAUGUCUGUGUUCUCCCUUGUGUGGAAUUUCUUUUUGAAAAAGAGAACUACGUAGCAAGAUAGCAGAACAUGAAAAAUGUAUUUGAUUCCAGGCAUACCAUGCUAAAAUUUAAUAAUUUAAUUUUUUUCAAGAUGGUUAUUUUUGUAAUAUAGGAUUAAGCAAUUAUGUUGUUAGAAGCUUUCUAAGAAUAAAUGCUUGGUCAGAGGAACAGCCCAAAUAAAACUUCAUUUUAGAGAUAUCCUAAACUACAGAUUUAUUCUAAUUUUCUUGCAUUAUCAAGCAGAACUAUCAAAGAAAACACUGCUUCUCUGUCAUAUUUUGAAACUACAUCAACUCUAACAAGAGAUUUUCCAUUUCUGAAUAGGAUGUGGUCUAUACUAUAAACACUUUUUAUGGAAUGUGAUCUAUGCUAUAAAUGCUUUUAGUACAAUAGAGAUAUUAACUAAGA